GUCAUGAGUGCAUGUGGAGGAGCUGCUCUCUGCCUUCUCUUGCUGUUUGGUCUGAUCCAAACUCCGACAUGUGUGACAGCAGGAAAGGUCCUCGUCUGGCCUGCAGAAUUCAGUCACUGGCUUACCUUUAAAAUCAUCAUAAAUGAGCUCAUAGCAAGAGGACACAACGUGACAGUCGUUACCCACAGUGCUACACCGUCUGUAACGACAGAUACGUCUCCUGGCUACAAUGUGGAGAUCAUACAGGUGCCUCACAGCAAAAAAGACAUGAUGGACAGCAUAAACAAGGCUUUAAAGUUUUUUUUGUACGAUAUGCCGAAUACCAACACGGUCCACGCUUUUCUGAAGUUCACUGAAAUUAUGAACGAAAUGUUUGAGCAGAAUAAGGUAUUUUGCAGGGAGCUUUUUGCACGUGAAGAUCUGCUGGAGAAGCUGAACCAGGAACGGUUUGAUAUUGUUCUCACAGACCCCAUUGUUGUUUGUGGGGACCUGCUAGCACAGAAGCUCAACCUGCCAUUUAUUAUCAGUGUGAGAUUCACAUUUGCAAGCAUUAUGACGCGAAUGUGUGGACAGCUGCCAGCACCACCAUCCUAUGUGCCAGCUGUUGGCCUGCUUUACACAGAUCAAAUGGAUUUUCUGCAGAGAGUGAAAAAUAUUUUGUUUAUUGUCUUCAAUGAUGUGAUGUAUAAUCUCAUGGCAAGACAGAAAUGGAAUCACUUCUAUACAGAAAUCAUGGGUAAAUGA